AUUCAAUAAAGCAGCUUAAUCAUGCUCGUUCCUUAAGCAUGGAGACUUUCGCUGAAAGCUGCUUUGAAUGCGUUAAUAUGCCUCUGGAAUAUGAUCAAGAGGAGUAAAAGACACAAAAAACGAGAAAAUGGUGAAUCCAUGUAUUCAAUCGUCCCAAAAAUUGACCUACCGUUUCGUUAGCGGAAUCAGACUCCUAUCAUCAAGUGUCAUUUCCCAAGGGAGAUUAAAUAAAAUGGAGCUGCACAAUCAGAAAAGGCAGAAAUUAAGAAGUGCUCUUAUGAAUGGUCAAAAGAUCGCAAUAGAUUUCAACCUCCCAAAUAUUAUGACUGACAAGGAUAGAUGGAAACUUGCCAGGCAGAUCAAGCUUCUGUAUCAUAUCAACAUGAAUUGCCAAGCUCCUGUAUCUUUAAAUUUCAUUGGUCUAAGAGAGAACACUCUCGUAAAUGCCUGUUUUAUUGAAGUCUUCAAGGAGGUUGAGGAAAUAAUUGCCAAUUUUGUAAAUGGGGAUUUAACUGUGGCAUUCCCAAAUAAAAGCUUGGUUUAUUUAACCCCUGAUGCAGAACAACCCCUUCAAUUCUUUGAUAUAAAUGAAGUAUAUAUUCUUGGUGGAUUGGUUGACUAUCAAGUUCGAAAGAAUACCACGCUGCGAAAAGCAAAAGAUUUGAAUUUACAAGCUCGAAGACUGCCUAUUCCAGAAUACAUGGAGAAGAAAGAUGGCAAUCGUUACAAUUACUCGAAAAUACUUACAAUCAAUCAAGUUUUUGAUAUUCUGUUGAAAUACCAAGAGACUCAUGACUGGAGACAAUCACUUCCAGUUGGAUUACCUGCCAGAAGAGGGUACACUCCCCGCCUUGACUAAACACAGGGAUAAAUAAAUCAACACACAUAUUUAAGUCUUCCUGGCAUUAGAGAAUCGGUGCUGGUAUCUCUUGGAAGCAAGUGCGCAAUCUGGAAGUUCAAAAGUCCUGGCUGAACACCAGAUUAAUAUUAAUUUGAAAUAAUUCCAAAACGAUUUCUAGAACCUCAUUGAGCAAAAUCUCAUGGAGCAGAAAUUUUAAAAUUUUAAGUCUUA